UCUUUGCUGCUAAUGGGUGUGAGCAAGUUAGAUAUUCUAUACCGGAGACUUCUCCUCACAAAACUUUUUAUCAGAGGAUGGGGAAGGCCAGAGGAUCUCAAAAGACUCUUUGAAUUCAGAAAGAUGAUUGGAAAUCGAGAAAGAUGCCAGAAUCUGGUUUCAAGUGAUUAUCCAGUGCACAUCGAUAAGAUUGAAGAGCAGUCAGACUGUAAGAUCCUAGAUGGACACUUUGUUUCCCCCAUGGCCCAUUAUGUGCCCGGUAUCAUGCCAAUUGAAUCUGUUAUUGCAAGGUUCCAAUUUAUUGUACCUAAAGAAUGGAAUAGCAAGUACAGACCCGUGUGUAUUCAUCUUGCUGGAACAGGAGAUCAUCAUUACUGGAGGCGACGAACACUAAUGGCCCGUCCUAUGAUUAAAGAAGCCCGAAUGGCUUCUUUAUUGUUAGAAAACCCUUAUUAUGGCUGCAGGAAACCCAAGGAUCAAGUAAGGUCCAGCUUGAAAAACGUGUCUGACCUUUUUGUGAUGGGAGGAGCUCUUGUUUUAGAAUCUGCAGCUCUCUUGCACUGGCUAGAGAGAGAGGGUUACGGACCUCUGGGAAUGACCGGGAUAUCCAUGGGAGGACACAUGGCUUCCUUAGCAGUAUCCAAUUGGCCUAAGCCCAUGCCAUUAAUUCCAUGUCUGUCAUGGUCCACAGCAUCUGGGGUCUUCACUACGGGUGUCUUGAGUAAGUCAAUUAAUUGGAGAGAGCUGGAAAAGCAAUAUUAUACACAGACAGUAUACGAAGAAGAAAUUAUUCACAUGCUUGAAUAUUGCGGAGCAGAUUCUUUCAAAAUGGGACAAGAAUUUGUGAGACGUUUUCCUAGCAGCACAGACAAGCUAACUAACCUUAAUCUGGUUUCCAGAACGUUAAAUUUAGAUACGACAGAUCAAGUUGUGCCCCCAAAACCUGCUGAUUGCCAUAAUUCUAACAAAACAUCUAUCAGUGCCACAUCAGAAGGACUCUUAUUGCAAGAUACCUCUAAGAUGGACUGCUUUAAUCAGACACUUUCAAACAGUAAAAGUAGUUAUACAAGUUGUAACCCUCAGUCAAACCACCUACUCAGUAGAGAACAAAGAAGAAACACACUUCAGAAAGAAUCUUUAAUAUUUAUGAAAGGAGUAAUGGAUGAAUGUACUCAUGUAGCAAAUUUCUCAGUUCCAGUUGACCCAAGCCUCAUUAUAGUGGUACAAGCCAAAGAAGAUGCCUAUAUUCCACGAACAGGAGUUCGAAGUCUACAAGAAAUUUGGCCUGGUUGUGAGAUCCGAUAUCUAGAAGGGGGUCAUAUUAGUGCUUAUCUUUUUAAACAAGGACUCUUCAGACAAGCUAUCUAUGAUGCAUUUGAACGCUUCCUCCGUAAAUACGCCAGCUAAGUGGAUCACUAGACACAACCAGUAUGGCCGUUAUGUUUCUUAAGAAAGGAAUUUUCAUCCUAUGAUGGUGUAAAGAACAAGCAGACAGUGCUAUAUAUCUAAUUGCUAUCAUUUUGCCUGGAAUUCAGUGUUACAGAUCAGCCAACAAUAUACUUUACAUACACUUGGGUGAUUUUAAAACAGUAUUUGAAUUAAGUUAUGAUUAAGUAUUUUGUUAUUAUUUGUGGAAAUGCCAUCUCUUCAAUAUCUAAUCUGUUGUUACUAUUUAUGAAAACUUUAAGUUUUAAAUUAUGAAUACUUACUAGUUUAAAAUAAGUGUAUUUAUUGAAACCAUAUUGGUUUUAAUAGUUAUUAAAUCAAACUAAGAUUGUAAUUUAUCCUCCUGUACUGUAUAUGCUUUUAUGACAUUUCUCCUAUUGACUUGAAAAACACAUUUCUUUUUUGGAUACCUAGUAAAUUUAUAAUCUUGUUUUUAACGUUUGUUAAUUUUCUGUCAUGGAAAUACAGUGUAUAAAAUCAGUGUUAACUUUGAAUCCUAAAAAAUCCCAGUUGCUUUGUAGAUAAGUGCUUUUAAGAAUUAAAGUGAGCAUUGAAAUGUAGAUAACCAUGCACUAGAGUGGCUAGACUUCAAAACAUUGCCGAAGAUAAGGUUG